GGGUUCAAAUAAACAAAUAUAUAAAUCAGCAAAUACAUUUAAGCAGUAUGCAACAUAUGCAAUAUAAUCGGUACAAAAUUGUUACACAAUCGCAUAAGGAAAAAUCACAAAUGCACAAUUCUAAAGUGACAACAAAAAUAUAUUUUGGUUAACAUGGCGCCGGAGCACACAUUUCUGGGAACUUGGGAGAUAGUUGCCUGCACAUUCGAGGGCAAGCGCGAGUUAUCCGGAUUAGAGGGCAUUAAAUUUCGCCUAGACGAUACAAAUGACAUUACCUGGUACAAUGAUCUUGUCAGCCCACUUCCUGAAAUCAAAGACUGCGGCAUUUGCUGUGAUUCAGCAAGUGUGUUAUUUAGUUGUGAGACGUUUGAUGUGUACGAGGUCAAUCCCCGUCUUAUAUUUGGCGCUUUUGCCGGACACAGCAUUGAGUUUAGUACCAGUACAUUAUUGCCGACUGACACGCUAGUGCUUAGCUGUGAAAAUUGGUAUGCGGUUGAAUGCAGGAGACUCCAGGAAGACCAGGCCGCUGGCCAGGAGGAGCAAUUUAGCUUUGGCGAGGCUCUGCUAGAGAAAUAUUUUAGCGAUGUUAUGGUGAAGAGUGCAAGUGGCUUUGAAUAUGCUCUCCAUGCCUCUAUAUUGCGGCUCAAUGGAUUUGACUGCAGCAUGUGCACCAAAAGUGUCCUGAAAUCAUCGCAUCCGCUUACCCUAAAACCUCCACACAUAUUACCCAAAGUGUCUAAUCCUAAUCCUGUAAGGAUAUCAAUUGUGACCGCGGGAGCUACCGCAGGCGAGGAGCAGCAAAAAUUAUGGCCAUCUUUAAGUCUAUCCCCUAUUUAUCUGCAGCCACCCUGCGAAUUGGAACUAUUAACAACGACGACUUGUGGUGGCCUAGGCGCGCAGCGAUUGCACCAUUUAAGUAAUAGUUUCAACUGCCUUAGCAAUGGUAAUGAACAAGAUGUGACUGAAGCAUCGAGCGAUGGAGGUAACGGAAUACAGAGUGUGGAUGGUGGUGGCAUGCGGCGAUUUCCUCCCAACUCGCAUUCAGAUUCGCACCUUGAGGUGUCUCAGGUGCAAUGCAAAAAUAUUUUUAAUUUUUGCCAGGAUAUGAUGCUGCAGCCCAUGUCCUGUUCCAUUCCACAAAGUGGCUUGGCCGCCGGUGUGGCUGUGUGCAACACUAGACGGCCACCCCUGUCGCCAUAUCGCGCACGCAGCCCUUUACCAUUUCCCAGUUCGAUGGAAACGCCGCCAUCAUCGCCGCUGACACCGGUCGGAGUGCUCUACAACCUACCCACAUUUCUACUUACCGCCAUCUUGCACUGGCUUUAUACAGAGUCCUUGCUGCCAGAACUCGAUGAAGAUAUAUGUGAGAAGCUUAUACAUUUUGCCGAAGCGCAGCCAUCGCUAAUAAAGCUGGUAGAACCAACACGCAAGUACCUGAGAUUACUGCAACUUAAAAAGUUUGUCGUCAAUGUCACCAUGGAUUUGCACAGUAUUCUUAACCGCGUCAUACGCCACAUCGAUCCUGCUAGCAUUUCACACGAGCCAGCUCUGCUCUACGCCACGUUUAAGGACGGCUUGCGAGAAUGUGCCGUAGGCUGUGCGAAGGUGCUCCAAUUUUGCAACAUUUUCAUUAAGGAUGCCACUCACCUUGCACGCUAUCAAAAGAACGAAAUUGUCAAAUACGUGCGGACCCGCAUCCCGAUAUUUAUAUCCCAAGUCCAGCAAUUACUGCGCAACACUCGAGGGGUCUUUGUUGGUCUAAGCAUCGAUGAGAAGGAAGUUUUGGUGAAUUAUCUUGUACCUGAGAUUGAAUCUACUUUAUUGAUUUUAACCACUGUGAUAGAGGAAAUAAAAAGCUCAUUGGACACCAUGUGCAAGGACUUAAAGUGCACCGACUUUGAUCAGCCCUUGGAGCCACAACAGACGGAAGGUGGCAUUGCAAUGCAGAUGCAGUGUGUUAACAGGGCAAUAAUAGGACCACGCAGAGAAUUAUUAUCACCCCACCCUCGUCGCGGUCCGCCAAUUGGCUUAACACUCUACGAUAAUCCUUCGGAGCAGCGUUUCAGUUCCGCAGAAAACGAUCUAAAGUUUGUGCUCUAUAUGUACGAAGUACGUAAGAUGCGUGAUAUAUAUGGACGCAUCACUGCAGCCCUGGAGAUUAUUAAGGACAAAAAAAGGGCAUUCUGCGAAAUGGACCUUCUCAGCAAGCGCAGUACCAUCAAUCAAAAUCUUGAACAGCUUAUUGUGGACAUACCAGCAUACAUAUUUAUUAUAGAGAAUUUGUCGGAUCGCCUGAAUGACAAACUGGGCUGGAAAGAGUUCAAAUUUUGCUUUAAGCUUGCCACAAGUCAAAUCAACGGUGUAAUUGUAAAGUUGUUGGACCACAAAUCAGCGCUUCGACAUUCAAUCGAACAAAUAUGUAAGCUGGUUCGUAAGCAAGAAUUUUUAAAUUCAAUUAUCGAGCUGGGCCUCUUGGAGUCCUCAACUGAAGUGCAAAAUGAUUGUAAGAUGGCUGACCAUGAGAAUAAUCUGGAUCUAAGUCAAACCAAUACGGGAACGUCGCCUGUGAAGCACUAUUAUGACUACAAAAAUAUAAAGCUCAACUUAAUUAGGCACUUAUGCGAGCCACCUAUCGCAGCCAACAGCAACCUAUCUAAAAAUGCGUUGCGUUUGCUUCACUCGGCACAGCUUGCGGACAUGGAAUUCGAGGUUCACACAUAUGCACCGUCCGCCCCUGCUGAGGAGGGUAGGUCCACAUAUACAAUCGAGACGAUGAAUACUGAGGCAAACCCUGGAGCACUGAAGAUCCACAGCCUUAAAGCACACCGUAUAAUUGUGGCCUCGCGCUGCGAGUGGUUUAAAAAAGCGUUGAUGUCGGGAAUGCAAGAGUCUAUUAACAGAAAGAUCAUCAUCACAGACACUUCACCGGUAAUCUUUCGGCGGCUGCUGCUAUACCUUUAUGGUGCACCUAUUGAUCGCACCGUGGGAGCUGAACAACUUUGCGAACUAAUGCUACUUGCCGAUCGAUACUCACUUGACAACCUAAAGGAACUAUGCGAAACGACGUUAAACUCACUGAUUGAUGAGGAUUCGGUUGUCUGUCUGCUGGGUAUAGCUGAUCGUUACGUAGCAACUGUGCUGAAGACGAACUGCCUUUCAUUUCUAUCGCAACACGCACAUUUAACAAAAUCUGAAAUAUUUAAGGAAUUACCACAAACAUUACAGCUAGAGGUAUUGGAUUUAGUAAAUUGGUUUGGGCGUGUCACAGAGCCAUGGAAUGAUAGCAGCUUCAAAGCACGCAGCAACUCCCGUUGCAGCCUCAAAAGCCCAUCUAAGCCUCACUCACGAUCCCGUAAAUCGUCACCCUCCAAUAUGUGACGAUGACAAUGCGAAAACACGAAUUUAAAUAUCAUUCGAUAAUUGUGUACAAAUUAAUAAUAGUUUAAAACAUUUCCGAUCUCUGAUAGUUGUUUUCCAUAUAGAACCGCUAAUUUCGAAAAUUGACUAGUAUGAAAAUAGAAUGGACAGACUUAAAUGACAACAUCGUUUAGCCAGUUGAAGCUCAUUUGGAACAAAUUGCUAAGUUUUACACAUAUACAUCUGCACAACAAAAGCAAUUGCUUAAUACUCUGAUACCAGUGUAAGACUGUCUGCGUAAAUGUGGCGGAAGUGACUCGACUUUUGAAAAAAUGUUGUAAGAAAUCAAUUUCUAUUUUCUAUUUGGUGGCUCUAGCUCUAAGCCUGUGGGAGAUAUAGCUUGAAAAUGUUUUACCAAUUUUAGAUCAUGGUUAUCAGCAUCUUACAUUACAAAUUUGCCCCUCAAGCAGUGGAGUAGGCCUUUCUGAGUAUGAGUUGACUUGUGAAAACGUGUUUAGGUAUGAUCAAAACAUUAAUUAGCCGAUCUUUUAGGAAGAUCACCAGCAAUCUACCUUCCGAUUUGGAAAUAAAUAUAUUCAGAUAUAAAAAUAUAGAGUAAGUAUUUGUUAUAGGUAUUGUUAAGUUACACCUCUUCUGGUCUGAAAAUAUCGUAUUUUUAAAUAUGGAAAAGUUUUCUCUGACUACACCAUGAUUACAGGCCACCUUCAUUGGCUGAUGGGCUGCGUUAAAUACAAGCCGAAGUUUACCAAUAAAUAAUUAUAUAAAUAGGAAUCAUCGAUACGUAUUAUUGUCUAUUACACACGCAGAUCAGUUAUGCAUAAUCUGCGCCAAUCAACACCAAAUAUGUUGGGGAAAAACGUCAAUUCGAAAAUGCGACUGAGCUGUCUGCGGAAAUAGGCAGCCGUUGGACACUAAUGCAGAAGUAAAAAAAAAAUACAAAUUGGAGCCCAAAUGAGCGCAAGUAGUAAAAAUUCAAAAUUGGCUAAUACAUUGGCUGUGGUUGUUGCUUCGGCAACCAAACAUCCUGCUUCGAUAAAAGCCACUUGCAUCCAACCUCAUCCAUCCUCAUAGGUAGCAACACAUAUCUUGCAACGGAUAUUGAUAUCAUUUCUACCGAAUAAUGAAGCGGCAAUUUCUCGUCUAAUAUUAGAAGCGUCCUUAAAAAAGAGAUGCACUUUCCAUAUUUGUGUUUGCAAACGCAUUUAGGCAGAGGCUGAGCGUCUUAGCACAUAUGUAUACACAUAAGCCGUGGAAAAUAUACAAACGAAAUGGUUUUUCUGUUUCUUAUCUUAAUUCUCUGUCUAGCAAUGUGAUUGUUUUUCUCUCUUAAUUUUAAAGCUUAACCACUAUGUAUUAUAUUCGAAUAAUGCAGUCGAACAGAAAAUAUAUUAAAAAAAAGAA